AACAUGCCGGGGGCCUGGGUUCGAGUUGAACCAUUGAUGGCGUCGUUUUCAGCGUGCUGCCUUUUCUAAGUCAAAACGACAAAUUUCAAACUUGUUAUCAACUAAAUAGCACAUCAAUUCUUUCUUAAUACGUACAGAAAUACUUCAAAAGAUCAAACCUAGUUUUUAAGCCGUGAAUUGACGAGGAUUCUUACAAAACUUCGAGCUAAACAUCGAGCAGUUCUUUUGUGAAAAGUGCCAGAAGACCGAAGGACGCCACCGCUAAAUCGCUCUGUUGAAGAUGUCAAGUGAGUCACAACAGGAUGACGUUACCUCUGCAAUAGCCAAGGAGCUAGAGUCCACUAUGGAUGCCACCCCAGCGGACCAGCAGACCCUCAUACCAACAAAACAACAAGUCCUUAACUCAAGUAUGGACUCAGCGGCUCUAGAUGAGCACCAGACUGCCGCUGAGAGUAUGGCUGCCCUGGCAGAGGCAGCAGAGUCACAACCUGCGAUUCAGCAGACUGCCGGAGGUGGGGAGCAGAUUGCUGUUAUUGUUCAAGAAGAUGGGACCACCGCUCAGGCUUCUGCCCAGGAGGGUCAUGAACAGCAGCUGACACAGGAGCAGUUGGAGCUUAUGCAGUCUGGUCAGUUUCCUAACCAAGCAUCGAUGUUCCACUAUGGCAACAUUGUACUUAUCUUAGCCCCUGAGGUUCUGGCUUCCACAGGAGGGCAGCUGACAGCAGAACAUCUAGCUCAAAUACAGCAGCAAGCAAGCCAGAUGCAACAGAGUGGUAGUGAAGGAACCCCAAUCAACUUGAACAUUGACCUUCCAUCUAUUAUUUCAUCCGAUGCCCCUACAAUGGCAUCUUCAACGACAACAACCACCAGCAAAACCACACUCGAGAAGGGUGCAGCAGGUAGCAAAACAGCCGACACUAGUGACAAGGCAACUUCUGAUAAUUCUCAAAAAGGAUCAGACAAGAGAAGUGGAGAGGCGUCCAAAGAUGGCACAGGCGCUGCGGAAAAACGGAAAGUGGGGAGACCAAAGAAAAUCAGCAGUGAUCCAUCCAGCUUGGUAACCCAGCAAGAUAACCAAGCACAGAAGACGCCAGAAGCUUCUGGAACUGUCGCAGCUGGUAAACAGAGUGUUGCUGAUAAUAGUAGGAAGACAGCUAAUGGUCUCAGUGAGGAAGAGAAGAAAAACAGACCCAAGUGCCCUAUUUGUGACCAGACGUUUGAUACUCAGAGCGGCUUAGAUGUGCAUGGGCGUAUCCACAGAAUCCGAAAGAGGGGGAGACCACCAACUCGGUCUAACAGUAAAAAACAACCACCCAGAAAGAGGGGAAGAAAGCCAAAGUCAGAGAAAAAAGACACUGAAGAAGGAAACAAAGAGAAAGAGAAAGGCGACGACAAGGCAAAGGACAAGACGGAGGAGUCUAAAGACGGAGAAAAGAAAGAGGAAAUAGGAGAUAAGAAGUCAGACAAAGAAGAGUCAGCAGAGAAAAAUGAAAGUGAGAAAGACGACGACGACGGGAAAGAGGACGAUAAAGGUGACAAGGACGAUGAAGAUGGAGGCGGGGAGAAAGAUGCUGAUGAGGGUGAGAAAAUGGCUGAAAAAGAAGUCGAUAAAGAAGGCGACAAAGAGAGCGAAAAAAGUGAAAAAGAUGGCGAAAAGGGAGACGAGAAAAAAGACGACGCCAAGAAACAAGAAGAUGAAGAUGCUGAGGAGGGUGCAGAUGAUGGCUAUGAUGAAUACUAUUAUGAUGAGGAUGAGCCACUACAGUGUGAAGUGUGCAAGGAGGAGUUCACCUCGGAGACCAAGCUGCGGAAACAUCUGUCUUCUCACAAGGUGGAGGUGAAAAGGCUUCAUUGUGAUGGCUGUAAGGUCGCCUUCGCGUUCCAAUACCAGCUUGAUAAACACAUCUACCGCAACACUGGUGAUGUACCAUACCAGUGCCAUCACUGCCCGGAGAAGCUCAAACUGCGCUGUCACCUCAACUACCAUCUGCGUAUCCAUGCGCCCAAGAAAGAACACAAGUGUGAUACAUGUGGGAAGCAGUUCAACUCGUUCGCGAACCUCAAAGGGCAUCUUAGGAUCCAUACUGGGGAAAAACCCUACACGUGUGAGUUCUGCCAGCGGUCCUUCACCGAAUACAGCAGCCUGGCCAAGCACAGGCGCGCCCACACCGGGGAGAGACCAUACAAGUGCAAGGAGUGUGAUAAAGCUUUCUCUCAGUCAGGAGGACUCAAGGUUCACAUGCGGGUCCACACUGGCGAAAAGCCGUACCCUUGCCCCCUGUGUGAACGCGCCUUUGCCAAGGGCUAUAACCUGAAGACUCAUAUGCGCACACACACGGGUGAAAAGCCGUACAAGUGCGACUUCUGCUCCAAGCUGUUCUCUCAGCACAGCACGCUGAUGCAACACGUGCAGAGACAUCAAGGCAAAGGGCCAAAGCAGAAGGUGUCGUCAGGAUCCCAAACCAGCAAAGCAGACUUUGCCGCUCAGGGCUCACUCUCAGGGGCAUCAUUGGGUGGCGCCGGGGCGACAAGCAUUGCCGUGGGCACAGACACAAGCAUGGAUGUCUCUCGGGCCGAGGCAGCCAAUGCCAUGGAGGCCCUUGCCACUGUCGUUGCUGCAGCCGAGUCCGUGUCUCCUCUGGAGAUCCCCACUAUCAGCCAGCAGAUGGCCGAGGCGUCGACGGAACCGAUGACCAUCAUGACUAUGGAAACAUCAGUGGACCAGGCCGACCCGACACAGGCCAUGCAGCAGCCCGGACAAGACCCGGACAUGUCACAGCCGGACCAAGCCCAAGUCAUUCCGCAGCCUGGACUUGCCCAGGCUGUGGAGCAGCAGCCAGCCGUUGCCAUGGAUACAGAUGUUGUCAUGGAUAGCAGUGUUGCGAUGGCGAUGGCCGAGCAGCAAGACGAGGAGGAGGCGGCGAAGACCCCGAUACAGACGGAGGACACUGAGACUAUGGUUGCUCUCGCGUAAAACAGACUAGAGUCCCUUUCAGAGCUUUAAGAAGGGCUCUUAAAAGAGCCUUGUAGUAGGAACUUGAUGCUGAUCAAAGUCAAGGUGAAGUCCUUAAGGUCACGUGCUCCAGGUCUCGUGGUCGCCUAACCUUUUACAUAUGUGAUAUGAACUGUGGGAUACGACGGACUCUUCCCAUUCUCAUCAAAUUGAUGUCGUUUGUAUAUAACUUGAUUACUUUGGAUGUUGAAUUGAACGAGUUGGGUAUACACAUGUUUCGAAUAAGGUUACACUUUGAGAGUCCAAUGUCGUGACCCGCAGUGCUUCAUGGGUAUCAUUUGAAAUAAAUAGGCUAAUAACCGCGCUAGUAUUCUUGUAUAUGCUAUGUAUACUUGUAGACAUUCAUGAGUAUAGUGACCAGGAUUUUAAGACAAGGGUUUAGCCAUUUUUCCGUUUCCCAUGGCACACUGCAGGGUACGACACAUUGAUUUCGAAAAAGAUGUAGCCAUUUACCGUGUCUAAAGGAAAAGAUGGAUUUUACAAAAAAAUGUGAGCAUAUACGUACGAUUACCCUAGAAUUUAUCGCAUUUAGUUAGAAAAACGGAACUUUCUCUUUCGUAUUCACCGUGAUAUGACGUGGAGAUUACAUAAAGCUGGAAAUGACUUGUAAACUUAUCUACAUUUUUAGAUAGUUCUAUUUCCCCAUACGAGAAAUGUUUUGACACAUCAAACCAUACAGUAUGUUUAUGGCGUGUUCCUUUUAGAAGAAAAACUUCAUUUUAACUUUAGUAAUUGAAAUAUUUUAAUGACUUUCUUGUGUGAAAUAAAUUAAAGAACUUUAA